AUGCGUUCAUUUCAAAAAAUAAUCCAAUUCAAAAUCUUCUUCUUCUUCCUAUUAAAACCCUCAAAUGCUCAAUAUAUUCUCGAUUUUAUGCAAAUCUCCGAAUCUUGGACCCUCCUCAAUUGUUUCAUUUGUGCAUUAUUUUUCCUCUCAACCCUGAUACUUUUCGGCUUCAAUAUUUUGCGAAUCAAAAAUAAGAGAUCGGCUAAGUUGGUUUUGACAGAUGUGGAUCAAUUUGAUUAUUUUGUGAUGGAUAUGAAUCAUAUUUUGAAUAAGAAUGGGAAUAUUGUUAGUGUCAAAGUGAAAUCUGGAUCGAUUGGAAAACCGAAUAUUGCGAAUGCAAAAAAUAAUAAUAAUCUUUUCAUGGCUUUUUGA